GAAGAUGGAACUGUUGGAGAGAUUUGACAGUGAAAGGAAGGAGUGGGAAAGUCAGUGGAAGGUCAUGCAGAAGAAAAUAGAAGAGAACGGAGUGACAAAGCAGAACUGAACUGUCAACACAACUUGGCAAAUGACUGGAUGGAAGAAAAGAAUUUGCUCAGUAAAUCAGAACAAGAAUGUAAAGAAACUAGAACUCAGAGGAAAAACAGUGUUGUAUUAAGAACAGUCUGGCCUUUGACAACAGGAAAACAUGAAGACCUCCUCAGCUUGAAAACUCCUAAGAAAGAUACCAGUAGUUAUGCUGGUGAUCUCAAUGCAGCUCUUAAAGAACUGGCGAAAGUUAGUGAAGAGUUAUGCAGCUAUCAAGAGGAAAUUCGAAAGAAGCCCAACCACAGAAGAAUGAAGUCACUUCCUUUUCUGGAUGAAUUUGAAGAAACCCAAAACACAGUUAUUAUGCCUGAGAUGAACCGUGUGUCCUGCAAUGAACCACAAACUUCUUCCCUCACCUUUGAAACAGAAGGACAAAAUAACAGGAAGAACUUGAUGAGUGCCAACAGGAGUUUGAAAGAUUUGCCUUGUAGCUCUCUUACUGGUGAUAGAGGAAGCAACUUCAUGCCCUGGCCAAAAAAAGAAGCCCCCCCAGUUCCUCCACGGAGCACUUCUCGACAUCUGACAAGCUCACUUUCUGCAGCUGUACAUGUCUCUGAAGUACCCAUAAAAGAUUCAGGCAGCAGAAGCAACUGUAAGAUUCAGGAGGGUAGGAAUGGAAGGAAAUGUAUUAAUCCUUCUCUUGCAAAACAGAGUGAAGCUCCAGUGGCACAUGUAAAUGAAGGGAAGUCUGUGAAAGGUGGUGCAGUGGUAACUGCUUCAGUACCUAUAGCCAAAAAAGAGAGAGUCUCUGAGUGCAAUGUAGCGGCAGGUUUUUGUCACAACACAUGGUCAUGUGAUGUGAGCAAGCUUGGAAAAGGUACUCAGAAUGGAUCUUCCCCAUUGUCUGCCCAGAAAAGCUGUUCAGAUGGAAAUAUGGUGCAAACAGAGAAUGUGCACAGGAGACAUUGCCCUAAAUCUCCUAAUGUUCUACAUUAUAAUAAUGACUCCUGUGACCCUGCAAUGCUGCCAAAGGCCCAAAGAAAUGAAACAUUGGCAGCAAAGAUUGAUGAAUUUAACAGGACUGUAUUUCAUACAGAUAAAUGCAACAAAUCUUUGCAAGAAAAUCAGAAGCUUCAAACACCAACUGGAGAUCAUAAACACUGUGGCCCAGGCUGUGACUGUAUGGUUAACAGAACAGAAACUGUAAAUGCAUCUUUUGUUUCAAAUCCCAGACUCUCUGCAGCAAAGAAACAGGAUCCCUGCAAUUCAACCAAAACUGCCAGAACAACAGGGCAACAAAAGCAAAUAAAUGGACUUCCAAGCACCAGUGGCUACCGGCAUAUGCUUCACGAGCAUGAUUGGAGACCAAUUAAUUUAUCUGGUCGCCCACGUUCAGCUGACUCAAGGUCAAACUAUGGAGUUGUUGAAAAACUUUUGAAAAACUAUGAAAAAUCAACCGUGACUUCUUUGUAUAAUUCUAAAUGCUGCAAAGAUAAGUGGACACAGUCAGAUUCUGAGUUCACAGAUGGGAGUUGUGAGACAUUGAGUCAGUAUUUCGAAAUGCUCCAGGUAGAGCAAGGAAAGCAAGAGUUCAGAGGAACUCAGCCAGUGUGUUGGGAAGCAAGUCAAACAAGGCAAAGAGAGACAGAAGUUACCAGAGAUAUCUGUGCCAGCUAAAUGUUCAACUGGGAAAGGCUUCUCCCGGCCAGCGCGACCAGCAAAUCGACGCUUACCUUCCAGGUGGGCAUCCAGAUCACCUUCAGCACCACCUGCUGUGAGAAUGACCGCACAUAGUUAUUCUCUCUCACUUCAGUCAGAGACGGCAGUUGACUGAACUCAAGGAUGAAUUUGAUGAUGAUGUGAAAUGUGAAAGCUCUGCUCCUCUUUAUACAUGUGUGUUCUAUGGUUGUGAUAGCAACCAGUUCUACACUGUUGUAUAUUGUCCAAGAGUAAUCCUGUCACUUGACUUACUGGGCAAAGCAUUUUCAAUCUUAGAUCAUCAUUGCAGUCUUCAGUGUUUUUAUUGAUGAAAUAAUUAUAUCCCUCUUUCUUUCUUUCUUUCUUUCUUUCUUUCUUUCUUUCUUUCUUUCUUUCUUUCUUUCUUAAAUGGCUCACAAAGAAUUCCUUUUGAAUGACAUCCUCCUUGGUUUGCCAGUCUUUUGAGCUGAUACAAUGUAUAGUUGUGUAUAUUCUGACUUUGCUGCAAACAGCAGAAAGUAAAGCUGUAUGCAUGAUCAUGUGUUUGUAGGUGCAUGUGUUGGAAUAGGAAGUAUACAGGUCUGUAUUUAGAAGAGACAAACUCUGUGCUAGUGUUGACACUGAAAUUACAACAUAUAUGCCUAUAUAUACUUUGUGUUUAUUUAAAAAAUUUGAAAAUAUAAAGUCCUAAUGACAUUUAUAUUUUGUACAUCUUUUAUAUAGGUUCACAGGUGUAGUGAUUGCACCAUAAUUGCAGCGACAAGGGCUUGCACAAUAUGUAUCAGAAGCAGACUAGCUUAGUGGAUUCCUCAGACAUGCUUGAUGGCAUACUUGUUUGGUUUUUCAACCCUUACAAUGCUAGGGUCAAGGUAGAUGGGCGUAUUUUUUCUGAAUUAAAAUACUAUAUGAUUAGUACUAUAUUAGCCUUUUUCAUCACCUGAGAUAUUCCGAAAACGUUCCGCUGCCUUAAAAUGCUUUAUAUGUGCCAUUUAAUAUAACCUACUGUAGGGAAUUAACUCCUAUAGUUUCAGCUAUAUUGUAAUAUACAGUUUAUGGAGGAAGGAAAAGAAUGGUAAGCAUGGCAAUUCUUUCAAAUUUGUUUUCUUUAAACACUGUAUUUAAAAGUAUAGCUACAUCAGAGAAAUUUAACCUGUUUACUUUCAGUGACAGCAGGAGAAUAAGGAAUGCUAUGAUUACCAAAUGCUGUAGUUAUGCUUUCUUACUGUGAUACUGGACUUCAUAGAGUGUAAGCCAACAGCUACUUACUGCUCCCGUGAAUGGUAUAAGUGGCAGUCAGUUAUGAAUUUUACUUGCAUUCUGGUAACAGCUGACGUACGGUACAUAAAUAUUGCCUCAAGAGCUGAAGGAGAUAUGAUCAUUGUGUUGCAGGAGUCCUAGACUGAUGGCAUUAGAAGUAUGUUUUUGCUCUCAUCUGUCUGUAUAUUAUUGGCUGCUAGAAUGCUUUGUGUGUAGGCUGGCUUAUUCCCUUCCCACCGUUUGAAUGAAAUAUUGACACUAUUCAGCAUUUUUGUUCAACUUUCAUAAUGACGGUGUUCUCCAUUCCAGAAAUUUUGUACCCACCAUAAAGUUGCCAGAUGCAUAGUGUAGCAGGGGUGAUAACAAUUUUCCUUGAACAACCAGUUAAGAUAUUUCUUCAGUUUACUGAUAUUUACUGCCUACUUUUGAUCAUCAACUUGCUGAUUAACAUAGAAAGGAACAAAAACCUGCUGUGUUCCUUACUGCAUGUAACUUUAAUUAACAGAAAGUUAUGGAGGUAAACUAAUAUGUCAAGGACAAGUCCAUUUUGUCAAGAUCUUCUGAGUCCCUCUAGAGCAUAUACUUUGGUUUUAACAGCUAGAGAGCUCAGUAAUUUGUGCACUAUAAAUACCCUAGAAGGCUGUCUGGACAUAUUGAUUUUAGAAAUAUACAACUACGGCUGUUUAAAAAUGAAGUUGUCUUUGCAGGAGUAAGCACGGCAGAGCCAGUUCCCAGCAUUGUGAUAACCACAGCUUAGCAGCUGUCUUAAGUAGCCUUAGUGAUAUGACAUAUGCUCUUACUUGCUGUAGAAGGAAGGAGUACUAGUUGGCUUUCCAGUUUCCCCAACAUGAGCUAAGAUUGAGAAGAGCUGCCAUGCUGGAGCUUCUGAAGGGACAGAGCUUCCAGAACAAAGAAAUCAUAAAUCUUCAGAGUGGAACAUAACUUUUCUCCCACACCUGGUUUCACCAGAUGAAGAGCUCCACUGCUUUUGUUUUGUGAGCCUAUUGUCAAAAUGACAGGCUGAAUGUUAUGUGUUGGUUAAAGUCUCUGUGCAGAUGUUCACUCUUUUUAUUUGCUCUCUGGACCACUGUGAGAUUCUUCAUACUGCUCAGACUAGGAACAUGACUGUAUUUUACUUUGGCCCUGAAAUAAAUCCGGUAGAGAGUCUGCAGAGUUCUAAAAGCCUAACCGACAACAGUUAAAUAGAAACCCCUCAGGCACAAUGGUGUUUGCUGCCAGCCCAAACACUUACCAGGUAUUGAAAAUAUGUGAAUGUCACUAUGAAUCCAUUGCCUCCCCUCUUUGAUGCUCAGUUAUUUGUAUUGAACACGAUCACAAAGGAAUUGUGGCUUUGUCUACACAUAAAAGUUGUAUGAGCUUAACAAAAUCAGUUUGUACGCUAAUUUGGUUAAAUCAGUGUAAAACCUAUGUAUAGAUCAGGCCUUCGAAAUAAGAGAGAGACACCACCCCAGCCAACUUCCCUUGGCUGAAAGGACUGGUUGGCCUGAUACAGAGCCCUUGGGCAGGGGGAGAUGGAAUAAAAAGGUAAAUCUCCAAAGAAAUGCUUAUAUAUCCUUUUGCCUCUAGCGCAUCAUUCACCAUCUAGUUCUACUUAAUGCUUUAUCUUUGCUCUAUAGUCUUAGUUAUAAUCUUCCUACAAAGAGCACAUUUUAAACGAUGAUAAAGGAAUUAAACCAAUACUUUGCUUGUUCUUUGUGAGCCACAGAAUUAGUGUAUUGACCUUUACACAUACAGUAGGGAGUGAAUUGGCCAUUAACAGAAUAAAUUGCCAAGCUGUGUAGUCUAAUUUUUCGAUGUUCUUUUGAGCACCGGUUACUUUCUACUGCCCUUUGAUUCUGUUCAGUAUGUACACAGUUGUCUAUUUAAGAAUAUGUUUCUGCUGAAACUGUAAAUAGGGAUCUUGUAUCGAAAUGGCCUCAGUAUUAUUUUUGCAAAGUUCCACAGCAUCCCAGCAGGCUGGCUACCUACAUCCCAAUUUUAAAUUAUGGACUAAGUAUAAAUUCCUUAGCAUGCAAAAAGUAUGCAAUUUUCGCAGUGUUGCUAUGAAAAGAAUUUCUUUGGCAUUGAGGCCUGCAAUAUACAAUUCUAUGUAGUAUACUAUCAUUAUUCCUGGAGCAAUCUGUAAUAUUCUCUUUGACUGUGUACGUCCUCUUUAAAAUGAAAGGCAGAAGACAUUUACUUUUAUCUGCUAAAUCUGAAAACCUUUUUUGCAUCUGGCCUUUCCACCACUUCUUGAUUCCCAGUGGAUGUAUGUUUUCUGUGUGGUUCCUUGCCAAUGGUCCAUAUGUAUUUGACAUACAGUAUGAUUUUCUGUUUGUACUGCACUCAAGAUUUUUUCCUCAACACAUCUUGUUCUUAAACCUGUUGAUACUGUUGCCAUCCAUAAAUAUAUUAGAUCUUAAUUUACUGUUUUGCAUCAUUUGAAAUGCACUUUCGUCAUCAACUGUUAAUGUCAUAUACUAUAUAAAACUUGUUAGUCUUAUAGUUUAA